AUGAUUUACAUCCGAGGCAGCCCACAAGACUAUGACAGCUGGGCUGCUCUGGGCAAUGACGGCUGGUCCUAUCAGGACGUCCUCCCAUUCUUCAAGAAGCUGGAAGACUUUGAUGAGGAGGAUCUGAAGAGGAGACCACACACAGAAGUGGUACAUGGGCGUGGUGGACCCAUCCAUGCUGCCAAACCAGCUAUGCUAGACCCUGGACAUCAGGUUGUGGAGGCAGCUGCAAAACAACUUGGCUACACCAUCAUUGAAGAUUUCAGUGCUGAGCCAAACCUGGGCUUUGGACAGAUUCACUGCACCAUCAAGAAUGGUUCGAGGUGGAAUGCAGCUCUUGGCUACCUCGCCCCAGCCAAGGACAGAAACAACAUGCACGUGGUGAAGUUUGGCUAUGUAACGAAGGUACUCAUCAAUACCACAACCAUGACAGCUGAUGGAGUGCAGUAUUUGAAAAAUGGUAAAUUGAUGCAAAUCAAGGCAACAAAGGAGGUAAUUCUGUCAGCAGGAACUAUCAACUCACCAUACAUCCUGAUGCAUUCUGGUAUUGGGCCAAAGGAGCAUCUAGAAGACAUUGGAAUAAUGGUAGUGAAAGACUCUAAGGUCGGUCACAAUUUGCAGUUACACAUUCCAUAUACAGGGUUGUAUUAUACUAGGAAGCCCGUACAGGCCAAAUCGGCAGAGGAAGACGCCUUUGAGUACCUGACAAACAGGACUGGACCUUUAUCAACUACAGGAAUGAGCAGCUACUUGGGAUUCGUGCAGACGGAUAAAAUGUCUCAUCACAUCCCAGGGCUACCGGACAUUUUGUUGUAUUUUCUGAAGGCGCAGAAAUCACUGGCCAGCGUGAUUGCCAACAUUUUCAACUAUGACCGGGAAGCAACAGAGGCACUGAAGGAGAUGCUGGAUGAUGAGGAAGCGCUCCUGGUUUUGCCAACACUGCUGGCACCACACAGUCGUGGCCGUGUCAGACUCAGGAAUGCAGGACCCAAGGUCCCGCCCGCUAUCGAACCUGGCUAUUUCCAGGAUCCACGCGAUCUGGACAACCUUUUGGCUGGUGUGGAGGUAGCACAUCGGUUGGGCAAGACGGGGCCAAUGCAUACUGCGCGCUACUCAGUACGCGACCUGCCACUGGGGGCAUGCGCCGGCCAGCAGCCACUGACCUGGGACUAUUGGCAAUGUGUCGCACACCACCUACUUCUCCCACUUCACCCGGUUGGCACUGCCAAGAUGGGGCCAGCUAGCGACUCUGACGCAGUCGUCGAUUCCCAACUUCGCGUCCAUGGGGUGCGCAACUUGCGGGUAGCCGAUGCAUCCAUCAUGCCACUCAUUGUGCACUCCAACACCAACGUACCGUCCAUAAUGAUAGGCGAGAAAUGCGCCCACAUGGUGACCCAGCACUGGCGGCGACAAUACAGCGAGGCUUAUGUCUAAGUGAUCAGUUUCUUCUGUAGACAGUGGUAAUAGUGGCUCAAUAAUCAGAUCUAGGAUAUUUGCAAUGUAUGAUGCUUACUGAAUAGGAAUGUACCACUCCCGAAUUUCGACUUUGGUAGUUAAAGCGUGGGGAGUACCCUCCACUGUCACACAUUAAUUGGUGGUAGCUUGUAUUAUGUUUCUAUCAUUAAAAAACUGUUAUU